CUCCUUCAAAAGAACCUAGCAAAUUAAAACCCUAAUUUCUUCUCAUCUCUCUCAGCAACUCAGUAAUCUGCCUCAUUCCCUAGCCUCUACAGCUUCUUCUCCAGUCUGCGAUGGCACCGAAGAAGGAUAAGGCUCCUCCUCCAUCCUCUAAGCCCGCCAAGUCCGGUGGUGGCAAGCAGAAGAAGAAGAAGUGGAGUAAGGGAAAGCAAAAGGAGAAGGUGAACAACAUGGUGCUUUUCGACAAGGCUACCUACGACAAGCUUCUAACCGAAGCUCCCAAAUACAAGCUUAUCACCCCUUCCGUACUUUCCGACCGUUUGAGGAUCAGCGGAUCACUUGCAAGAAGGGCAAUCCGUGAAUUGAUGGCAAGAGGUUUGAUCAGGAUGGUGUCAGCACAUGCCAGCCAGCAGAUAUACACCAGGGCUACAAAUACCUAAAUUUUGCAAAUUUAGUUUCUUAGGGAGUGAAAAAUGUUGGUUCAGUUAUCAGGCCAUGUGACUGUAUUGUGUUUUAUGUUUAACUUUAUUUUGUCCUAAAUUGAUGAGACUUUGAUGUGGCUACUAUGAGCAUUUGAUUCUGAUCAAUUUUACAUUCAGUAUUUUGCUAAACUGCUGGGGACCUAUCUAUUUAAUAGAUGGAUAAAGUUUUAUUAUCAUUA